AUGGAAGGCUGGAUAAAACUUUCAAAGUUCAGCGAAGAAUAUAUUAGGGGGAUCAGAGCAUUUUUAGGCAAUGCAUUUUCUAGAUUUGCGGUAGGUGAUGAAAUUACAUGUCCCUGCAGAAACUGUAAUAACCAGAGGUGGCGUCGUGAAGACGUGAUUUAUGACCAUCUGAUUUAUAAUGGUCCGUCUCCACUAUAUGUGAAAUGGAUUUGUGAAGUGUCGAAUCAAUGUUUAGGUAGUGAUGAAAAUAUGGAGUCUGAUGGUGGUAUAGAUUUAGGAGAUAACAUUGCUGAUAUGUUACACCGUACACACAACUAUGAAGAUAAAUCAAAAUUACCAAAUGAGGAAGCUCAAAGAUUUUAUCGCCUUGUUGAAGAUGGAAAACAACCAUUAUAUCAAGGCUGUAAAAAUUUUACACGUUUAAGUUUCCUUAUUAGGCUUUAUUCCUUAAAAUGUGUACAUGGAAUGACCGAGUCUGCCUUUGGUUCUUUACUAGAGUUAAUCAAAGAGGCCUUUCCACAGGCCCACAUCCCUCUAUCCUUCAAUGCUGCUAAGAACGUUAUUAGAGAUUUAGGUCUGGAUUACAAAAAAAUCCAUGCAUGUCCAAACAAUUGUAUGCUUUUUUGGGGUGGGGAUGAAAAGGAAGAUAUCUGCAAAACUUGUGGUGCCUCCAGAUGGGUUGUAGUGGAAAAGAAUGGUACUUGUGACAGUGAUCCAGAGAAGCUGAUUCACAAAGUUCCCGCAAAAAUUAUGCGUUACUUUCCACUAAAACCGAGGCUACAAAGGCUAUUUAUGUCGAAGGACUACUCAGAACUUAUGAUAUGGCAUUCAUCACAAAGGAAAAAUGAUGGAAAACUGAGGCAUCCUGCUGAUGCCGAGGCCUGGAAAGUAUUAGAUGCCAAUUAUCCUCAUUUUUCAUCAGAAAAGAGAAAUAUUAGGUUAGGACUAGCAGCUGAUGGUUUUAGUCCAUAUCGUACAAUGAGUAUAUCUCAUAGCACUUGGCCCAUUGUAUUAGUAAACUACAAUCUCCCCCUUUGGUUAUGCAUGAAACCUGAAAACUUAAUACUUUCCACAUUGAUCUCUGGCCCGGAAUCUCCUAAGAACAGUAUUGAUGUUUAUAUGCAGCCUCUUAUCGCCGAGUUAAAAGAUUUGUGGGAUAUUGGGAUUGAGACUUACGAUGCUUUUGCUAAUGAAAACUUUAUUUUACGUGCUUGUGUUUUGUGGACCAUUAGUGACUUUCCGGGAUACGCGAUGUUAUCCGGUUGGAGCACCAAGGGUAAAUUAGCGUGUCCUGUAUGUCAUUACGAGACGUCUUCAAUGUACUUGAAACACAGUAGGAAAAUGUGCUACAUGAACCAUAGGAAAUUUCUAGAGCCUGACCACAAAUGGAGGUUUGAUAAAAAACGGUUCAAUGGUGAAAUUGAAAUGGGAACCGCACCUCCAAUCUUAGCCGGGACAGAUGUUGAAGAAUUAUUGAUUGGAUUUCAGAAUGAAUUUGGUGAUAAGAGGAAGAGGGGCAGCAACAAAAUAAAAAAUUCUCCUUUUAAGAAAAAGUCGAUUUUUUUUGAUUUACCGUACUGGAGUCAAAAUAUGUGUCGGCAUAACCUUGAUGUUAUGCACAUAGAAAAAAAUCUAUGUGAUAACAUACUUGGUACUUUGUUAAAUAUGGGCGGGAAGUCGAAAGACCAUCUCAAUGCUCGGUUGGAUCUUCAAGAAUUAGGCAUCAGGAAGGAGCUGCAUCUGAUUCUGUCAAGUGAUGGCGAAACCCUCGAGAUCAGGGCAGCCAUAUUUGAUAUGACAAAUAAAGAAAAAGAAAUAUUUUGUUCAGUUUUGGAAAAUGCGAAAUUGCCGUACGGCUGUGCAUCCAAUAUCAGUCGAUAUGUGCAUACGAAAGAGAGGAAAAUUACAGGGUAUAAGAGUCACGACGCACAUUUCAUUUUACACUACUUGUUAGAGUUUGUUGUGAAGAGAACAUUAAAACCUGAAGUAGCAGUGCCCUUAAUUAGAUUAGGUGCAUUCUUGAGAGGACUUUGGGGAAAAGUGAUCGAUUUGAACGAUGUCAAGAGGCUGCAACAAGAAAUUAUCGAAAUUCUUUGUAAUUUUGAGAUGAUAUUUGUACAAUCUUUCUUUGAUAUAAUGGUGCACUUGCCUGUUCACUUAUGCAAAGAAGUUGAGUAUGGGGGACCAGCACAUGUCCGGUGCAUGUGGUCAAUCGAGCGUUACCUUUGUAAGUUGAAAUCAUACCUCAAAAAUAGGAGUAAACCAGAGGCUUCCAUAGCUGAGGGUUAUCUAUCCGAAGAAUGUUUAACAUUCUGCUCCAGAUUCUUAGGUAAUGAUGGAGCUAUAAAAAGUAGCAAAUGUCUUGCCAAACAAAAUCUGGAAUAUCCAAUUGGCACAAGAAGAAAUAAAGAUGGAAAAACUAUCCAUCUAAAAGAAUCUCAAUUAUUGGAAUGUCAUCGGUACUUUCUUUUUAAUUGUGGUAACAAGGAGAUAGAAACUUUGAUUCUGUAA